AGCCUCAUGUGACAGAGGUAGGUCAGUCCGAGCGGAGAGUCAGAGGGUUUAUUUAACUCGUCGCUCCGUCCUCCCCCAUUUCCUUCUGCGGCGGGACCACGACUUAGAUUCAGCGACGCCACUCCAGACACCUUUACGACCAUUUUCUCUUCGAAAGACACCAGCCUUUGUGGCGGAAUUCUCUCAUUGAACUUCACAUUUCCCCGCGACUCCGCCGUCUACUGAUAAAUGCGUGUUUGUCCGUGACAACUUGGGGAAAUACUCGGAAGAAAUGGAGCGGAUUCCCAGCGCGCAGCCUCCUCCUCCUCUGUCUAAACACCAGGCGGACCUGUCAGACAUGCAGGGGAUGGACUUCCCGAUGUACGUGUAUAAACCGCGGCGGGGCAUGAAGAGGAGCGAGGAGAGCAAGGACACCUACAAACUCCCCCACCGGCUGAUCGAGAAGAAGAGACGCGACCGGAUAAACGAGUGCAUCGCACAACUCAAAGAUUUACUGCCAGAACACCUCAAACUCACGACUCUGGGUCACCUGGAGAAGGCGGUUGUUCUUGAGCUGACACUGAAGCACGUGAAGGCUCUGAGCACUCUCCUGGAGCAGCAGCAGCAGAAGAUCAUCGCCCUACAGAACGGCAUGCCCAUUGAGCAUCCUCCCGCUGUGAGUCAGGAGAAGGCCGAGGAGACCUUUCGAUCUGGCUUCCACAUGUGUGCCAAGGAGGUUCUCCAGUACCUAGCCAGCCAUGCGACUGAGAGUGACUUCACCCCGUCCCGUGUGGUCAACCACCUCCACAAGCUGGCAUCCGAGGUGCUCCAAAGUCCCGUCCGACCUCAAACUCCACCCAGCCCUCAGCCGAAAGAGAUUACGUCUUACCACCAGCACCCAGCCCAGAAGGAGAUCCCCACCAACCCACCCCCGAAACCCAGCGAGGGCUACAGGCGGAACUGCGUGCCUGUCAUCCAGCGUGCGUACGCGCCACAGAGCGGCGAGCAGAGCGGCAGCGAUACCGACACAGACAGCGGUUACGGCGGGGAGCUGGAGAAGAAUGAAGCUGGAGCAUCCCAGGGACGGCCCGUUUACUACAGUCAGGAGAACCAGCUGAAGCACCCGCUGGACCAAAGGCAGGCUUCCGCCGUCAAACGGGAAGACGGCUCACCGCGGCACAAGCGGCCACGCAUGGAGUCCUCAGAGGAUGAGGUUCUCUCAGGAGGGGAGUCGUCGUCGUCAUCGAGCGGCUACGACAGUUACAUGAGUACUUCACCCAACCCUCCACCUGCUUCACAUCCCCUCUGCAUGCCGUUCUACCUCAUCCCCCCCUCUGCUGCCGCCUACCUGCCCAUGCUGGAGAAAUGCUGGUACCCUGGGGCCAUGCCCAUGCUCUACCCUGGCAUGGGUGGCGCCACCCCGAUGCCCAACGAACGACCACCACCACCUCAGCCUUUGUCGUCUCCCAGAGGAGGCUCUCCAGCCCCAGCCAUAUCUCAGACCCCAAUGGACUCCCCCGCCCUCCUUCAGGCUCUCAAGCAGGUACCUCCCCUCAACCUGGAAACCAAAGACUGAGAGACGGUCAAAGGAGGAAAAGACUUAUCAGUUCCUUUAAUCCAUCCUCAUAUUACUCCUCCAAUCUGAAGGUAUAGCUGAAAUUCAAACGGCAGAGGUGGGGGCUGGUUGAAUGUUAAAUACUCAGUGAACACAUAUAUAUAUAUAUAUAUAUAUAUAUAUAUAUAUAUAUAUAUAUAUAUAUAUAUAUAUAUAUAUAUAUAUAUAUAUAUAUAUAGUGGACCUGGCCUGCACAUGCACCUGAACACAGACCUGUGGUUGAAUGUAAAGAAAGAGAAAAUGUUGCCGAUGCUGCUGUUAAAGUAUAAAUGCUGAUGACACGACGCGUCACACUUGUACUAAAGAAGUUGUUGCACCAAAAUGUUAGUGAUUUGUUUCACCCAAAGUUUGUUGCCUACGUCAAGCUCAUUCACCGUCACUGAACUGACCUUGGAACUGGACACUACAACGACUGACCGUGGACAGAGGCGCGAGCGGGCGAAGGGGUGGGCCGCCGCACGACCAUGCUGAAUGAGACAGAUGGAUUUACUGUAAUUAAUGUUCAUAGACCUCUUGUACAUUUCUAUUUUUGAUACCUAUCAUUGCUCUCUGUGCAAAGAGGGGGCCGAGAGGACGCUGUGUACAUACUGUAGCACUGUGCUGACCUGGUCUGCAUACUCGACAUCUGUUUCUGCUCAAGUCAAACCUGGUGUUUGUUCUUGCUGUUGCCUUUUACUUGUGAAAAGCUGAUGCGCAUUCUCUGUGCUGCGUAUGAAUCCUGGAGUGGAGGAGACGAGACGUGAAUGUAAUUGUUUUACCAGAGCAGAUUAGUUUUCUAUAGAAAGAGGUACUUGAGAUUUUAUAUUUUGGGACCUACAUGAGAGAUGUUUGUUGUACAUAUUUUGUCUAUAAUUGUUGAUAUACAUGUUAUAAGUGUAUUAAUAAAGUUUUUUUUUUUCCUGUGGAAAA